UUGGGGACAAAAGCCCUCUAAAUUGCCCCCUCUGCUUUACUCCACCAUCUACGAUCCCCAACACCCAAAUCCAAAGUCUCCACAGAUUUCGACCACCUGCAAAUCCAUUGCGUCGUUCUUGGACAGACGUCCUCUGAACUUGUACGAAUAGUCUGCACCUAUGGACUCCAUCAAGAUCAAGCUCGCCGUGGACAGGUCGCGGAACCGCGUGCUGUUCGCUGACGCCGGCUCCGACUUCAUCGACGUCCUCCUCAGCUUCCUCACGCUCCCGCUCUCCGCCGUCCAGUUCUGUGCGGCGUCAUCGCCGGGAUGUCUCUCUAACCUCUGCGACAGCGUCAGCCGCCUGACCGAAGGUAAGCUGCUCAAGGUUGAGGCCUGCCAUGGCAUGCUUCUCACGCCUUCGACCGCCCAUGAGUUUGGAGGGAGCGGUUUCUGCAAUUCUCAUGAUACGUUUGUCAAGAACCAGCCAAGCCUACAGGUAGAUGGAGAUUUCUGCAGGUGUUGGCAAGUCAUGGCUAGACUCGUGCAUGUCUACAACAGAGUAAGCUCUGGGUCUGGGACGUUCGUGAGGUGUAAAGAACAGUUUAUGAUUAGCGAUGACUGGACGAUCAUGCCGGCGUCGACUGGCACCAUGCAGUCGCUGGCUCACAACUUUGGCCCUGGUGCCAUCCUCAAUGACUUUGAGGAGCUGGAAGUGUACAUCGGCUGGACGGAGGUUGUAUCCAUGCUGAAGGCUUCUCUGUCAUCGGACACCAUAUUCACUGAUGUAUUUCUACCCAUGGGAACCGUUGAUCAGGAUGCUCUUGCCACGGUGAAACCGAUCAUCAACAAGAAAAUCAUAGUAGCUCCCAGUGAAGAUUCCGGACCUCGUGCUCCACUAGAAUGCAAGAUCAAGCUGUUCUAUGAUGGGCUGGAGAAAAAGGUGAUGUAUGCUGAAUGCAAGCAUGAGUUUGUUGAUCUGCUCCUUGGUUUCACGGCUUACCCACUGGGCUGUGUGAUCAAGAACAUGUAUGAUAAUGGCGUCACCUCUCCUCUGGUCAAUGGUGGUGGCUUCGACAAUCUGUACAUCAGCGUCGUCGAACUUGAUGCAGCAGGCUUCAUAAUUUGCAUCUCAAAAGUAAAUAAAGUGGCAAGAUUAGUUAGUUUCACCUAAAGAAUCACCUGGCCCAAUACAGAAGCCCUGCUACUAUUUCUUUUCUUUGACGUGCCUAGUACUAUUUCUUAUUGGAAUCCAGC